GAAGUGCAAAUAUCAGUGUAUCCGACGGAAGCACAAGUACGAGAAGGUCGAGAGGUAGUAUUUGACUGCCGUGCUCGAACAGCCGACAAUUCCUUCUAUCCGCCUACAAGAUGGACAAGGAUAGGCGGACCAUUGCCUCCACACGCACGCGAAUCAAAUGGACGAUUGACUAUAAACCCGGUGUCGUUAUCAGACGCUGGCCAAUAUGUCUGUGUCGCCUCGCAUGGCGGAAGGACCGUAGAAGCACAAGCGAUGCUGCAUGUGAUGUCCUAUGGACCACAAGAGAUGCAGAGUUUAUUGCCAGCAUCCGGUCAAUGUAUGGCUGAUGAAAGAGCAUGUGGAAAUAACGAAUGUGUGAAGGCGGACUACAUUUGCGACGGUGAGCCAGACUGUCGGGAUCGUUCAGACGAGAUGAACUGUCCAGCUCUCCGACAAUGCGAACCGAACGAGUUCAAAUGCCAGAACCAACGAUGUGUUCAGAAGAUGUGGCUCUGUGAUGGAGAUGACGACUGUGGGGAUAAUUCCGAUGAACAGAACUGCGGUAAGACUGAUUCUCGAUCAGAUGAAAUGUGCAAAAAGACUGAAUUCCAAUGUCGUGAUCAACGGCAAUGUGUACCAUCAUCGUUCCAUUGCGACGGAACCAAUGAUUGUCGUGAUGGCAGUGAUGAGGUCGGAUGUGUCCAACCGACGGUCGUCGAACCACCAGAGACCAAUAAACAAGUCGCUCAGGGAUCCACAUUCCAACUCUCAUGCAGGGCUGUCGCCGUUCCCGAAGCAUAUAUUAACUGGCGACUGAACUGGGGCCCUGUUUGCGAGCCACCCCGUUGUAUUCAAGCUUCUGAAGGCGGUUACGGAACUCUCACUGUUACCAACGCACAACCGAUCGAUCAGGGAGCUUACACUUGUGAAGCGAUAAACGUGAAAGGUCGUGUGUUGGCUACACCCGACUGUAUUGUCCGAAUUGUGAACAUCCCAGCACCGGAACCGCCACGUCCACAGAUCAGAUGCGAUCCUCAUGGAUCCGUGUCUCCAUACCCAGAUCAGACCCAGACGUGUACUUGCAAGCCACUUGUCACUGGACCCACGUGCAGUGAGUGCCGUCCAGGUUCAUUCCAUUUGACCGAAAAAUCACCUCAAGGAUGUCUGAAAUGUUUCUGCUUCGGUAUUACCGAUAAUUGCCGUUCCAGCAGUCACUACAGGACUCCGGAACAUCUCGAGUUCACUGGCAGCUCUGAAGGGGUUGUGUUGUCGGACCUUGAAGAAAGGGAUAUCGAUCGAUCGAAUGAUUUCGAUUACUCUAAAACUGGUUACCUAACCUAUACUUCACAACCAGUUGGAACGAAAUAUUGGAGACUGCCUCAGACGUUCCUCGGGAAUAAAGUAACUGCAUAUGGAGGAAAAAUGGAAAUCGAAAUCGAGUUCAGCGGAAGUGGUCAGAUGAACCGCGAGCCUAUGUUGGUCCUUAAGGGCAACCAAAUCGUCCUUGCUCAUCAUGUUAGGGAUCAGGAACGGAUUUUGCGUCCAGACCGACCAAAUACCGUCACCUUGGAAAUCUACGAAACGAACUUUGUCCAAUUGAAUGGAGCUCCAGCCAGCCGUGAAGAUCUGAUGAUGGUUCUUGCUGAUCUUGAUGCUGUUCUUAUCAGAGCCAGCUUUUUGACUGUAUACAUAGGUUUUUCUUCAGGCCUCAGGUAUUCUCAUGAAAUUACCUAG